GACCACGAUCUGCAGAAUCUGCUUGUUGACUUUGAUCUCUGCGCGCUCAACACCUUCCACGCAAAACCUGCCUACACCUACUCCUCCACCACAACCAAGAGCCAGAUUGAUUUCAUCUUGGCUAGGGUUAAGGACUCUGGACGGGGGGCUAAGACUGCUAGGCCGAUUCAGGGGUUUCCGGUUGCUGGGGAUCGCCUGGCCAACCAUCUGCCCAUUCAGGCCGUGCUGCCGAUUUGCCCCUUUCAGUGGCAACCUGCCGCGGAGCCUGCCAGGCAACAGCAGUAUGAUGCCACUGCACUGCAGGCUGCCGUCGUGUCUCAUUCGUGUGCCGCCCAGGCAUUGCAACAGGCGGUUGCAGCCCGAGCUGCUCUACUGCCGGAGCAGGCGACCAUAGAGGGCACCCACCGUUGUCUGAAUGGCAUCCUUCUUGAGGAAACGUGCCGGCACUUCCCACCACAGCCCAAGCCUGAUUGUCGGGUAAGUGCUGAUGUAACAUUUCGUGCCAGUGCAAAACACACCUGGAGCCUCUACAGACAGAUGAAAGCCAUUGCAGGUGGAUCCUUGAAGGGUAUUUGGCAAAAGUGGCGUGCUUACGCGCAGUUCACCAAAGCCUCUCGUCUCCUCAAGCAACAAAGUAAGCAGCUCAAGGCCGUGUUCCAUCAUGAUCAGCUGCAGCGCGCUGAACAUGCAGCCAAGGUGGGCGACCAAAGAGGGCUCUUUCAGGAUCUUGGUGUCCCCGGCGACAUCAUUGCAGCCAUCCAGCAGCUCCACAAGGAGGCUCGGUACCAUUUUGAUGUCCGAACCCAAACAGGGCAUGUUACCACCACCAAUGGAAUCAAACAAGGAUGCCGGGUUGCUCCAGUUCUCUGGGUCUGCUUCAGCAUUUCCGUGAUGAAAGGCCUUAUCGGGCAUAGGGACCUCAGCUGGGUCCAGCGGAUCCUUACCCUGUUUGCAGACGACCUCUGUGCGUGCUGGACCAUCGCCAGCAAAGCCGACUUCCUCCAGGCGAUCCGGGAUGUAGAACUGCUGCUUGAGCUUCUUGCGAUAUUCAAGUUGUCAGUGAACUACAAAAAGACUGCUCUGUUGCUCCGGCUGGAAGGUAAGGAUGCUGAUAUGAUACUGGGUGAUCGGGUUUUCCAGGAGGAGGGAAAAACUUUUCUUCGGUUGCAGGUCCUAGGUAGGCACCAAUCACUGCAAAUCAAGGAAUCACAUGAAUACCUUGGCACCAAGAUAGCAUAUUGGAACCGCCUCGACCUCAACACGGAUCACAGAAUUGCGACAGCACAACACAAGUACACCAUGAUUAGGCGUGUCCUUAAUGGGAAGGGACCGCUGGGCAAGGGACACAAGCUCCGCUUGUGGCAGGCGUGCAUCAGCACCAGCCUUAUCUACUCUCUUGAAGUAGUGGGCUUCACUGUCGAAGGUGUCCGCAAGCUUCAAGUCUUGGCGACAAGGCACAUCAGGGCCAUUCUGCGUCAGCCGGUGCACAUAACAAGACUGUCCAAUCAGGACCUCUGGCAGGCUGCACGCUUGGAGCCGCCAGGUCAGCUAGUGCACACUCGACUUAGCAAGUUCUGUGCCAAGCGUGACCCACUGCAGUCUUUAUGCCACCUGGAUAUAGUGACCAAUGACUUGGUCCAUGCCAGUCUCUUACGGCUCUUUGAGAAGAGCGCCCCUGCCCACAUUGUGAUCAGGAGGCAAUCGGCCCAUCCGGACGAGCGAAUGCCGGACCAACAGGAGGGUGAGCAAUCGCAAAAUUUUCCAGAUGCAGUGAUCAUGAAUCAAGCCCAGAUCGAGGCCGACAUCUUCCGCCAUUGUAUGCCCUUCGGGCAGGCCCUAGCGACAUCAGGAGAUCAGCAGGACACUCAGCAGAACCCCCCACAGGGCGCCAACAAGCGCCAGAGGCCACUUUGGCCACCACAGCGCCGACAACAGCGGAUGACCCCGACACAGUUCCCAGCCACCUACCAAGCAGCCCCCGCGAGCUCCUUACAAGAUCCCACCGUGCAGAUCAUGGGCAAGCUGUUGUUGAAGCACGAAUCAUUUCUCUCCAAUCUCCGAAAGGACAUGGGGUAUGUGAUGUUCUUCAAGCAAGAUCAGCACAGCAUCUUGCCAGCACUCAUGGCAGUGGCAAAAGCCAAUCGGGAGAAAGCGGAGGCGGGCUCCACCGAAGUUCAGUCUCCCUUGAGAACCCUGCUCCUGAACUGCCUCCUCAAAGAGCUGAUUCAGCGAGCCCAGAAGGUCUCGGCCACCGAAGAAGGCCGUGCCAGCCUUCAGCAAGCGAAAUGGCUAAACUCGGAAGGGCAGUGGAACUACCUGCGUUGGGACUCCAAGCAGCGCUGCCUUGUGCCGGACACUCGCCGAGCCCCCCUCCUUCACGAGAAUGCCAUUCGCACGCUCAACGAGCUGCAGAGCCACAUGAGCGGAGAGAUCAUUCAUCGAUUUCAGUCGACGCAGGGCCUCCAGCGCAUCGAAGAAGAAGGCCAUCAGCAGGCGACCUUCUCUUUGAUCAUCUCCCUUCGUCACCCCUCCGCGGACGACGUGCACAGCGGGUUCGGAGUUCUCAGCGGCAACGCCUUGACCUCUCUUGUGGGGAUGUCAAUGAAGAAGGACGAUCUUCCACAGCAGCACCUAGCCAAGCUGCUGGGGCAGGAGAUCUACCGACGCCAAGCCGGCCUGUUGUACGCAGUACGGAUAUACGUGCCUUCUUUAAACCUCACCCUAAACGUCACACCGCCCCUAAACCUACCAACCCACCCACCUACACGAGCAAUCCCUCCCCCUCCCCCCCGCCCUUUUCUCCAGCCACUGACCACUCCGAGCACAGCCACAGCCUCAUUCCCUGCAGAACUCUCCGAAAUCCUCACAACCACUGUUAUAUCAACUCGAGUGUCUACUGUCUUAUGA